AUGCCCAGCAUUGUCAGUAAGCGGCAGCAGCAGCGAAAUGAGAAGGCCUUGCAGGAUCUCGUCCGCUCAGUGCCGGGCAAUGAUCGAUGUGCGGACUGUGGAGCCUUUAACCCAGCUCUGCAUCGUAAGCUGGGCACGCACAUUUCCAAGGUCAAGUCCUUGACCAUGGACACUUGGACGGCCGAACAGGUUGACGUGAGUGAACGGGCCAAGUCAACCCCUCGAGGACGCGUGAGCUGA